AAUAAAUAAUGCGGCAGGGCAGAGCGCCCCUCGCCCCCUUCCCCUUUGUGCGAGUCUGCUCUAGGGUUUUUGCCACCCCGCCGCCGCCGCCCUGCCCUCGCAUCCCCUCCCACAACUCCGAGACACCAAGAUGACGGCGCAGACCGCGGAGGAGCUCGCCACCCAGAUCGAGCAGCAGAAGCUCGAGGAGCAGAAGACCGAGGCAGAGGAGGUUGUGGUGGAGGAUGAGGAGGAUGACGAUGAGGACGACGAUGAUGAUGACAAGGAUGAUGAUGAACUCGAUGGACAAGAAGAGGAUGCCAGUGGCAAGUCAAAGCAAAGCAGGAGUGAGAAGAAGAGCCGCAAGGCCAUGCUGAAGCUUGGCAUGAAGUCCAUCACUGGUGUCAGCCGUGUCACUGUGAAGAAAAGCAAGAAUAUACUGUUUGUCAUCUCCAAGCCAGAUGUGUUCAAGAGCCCGAAUUCGGACACCUACGUCAUAUUCGGUGAGGCCAAGAUCGAGGACCUCAGCUCCCAGCUGCAGAGCCAGGCUGCAGAGCAGUUCAAGGCUCCUGACUUGAGCCAGAUGAUCUCGAGCCCAGAGACAUCUGGCCCGGGCCAGGAAGACAAUGAGGAGGAGGUCGACGAAACUGGUGUUGAGGCCAAGGACAUUGAGCUGGUGAUGACCCAAGCAACUGUUUCGAGGUCCAAGGCUGUCAAGGCCCUCAAGGCUUCUAAUGGGGACAUUGUCACUGCCAUUAUGGAUCUGACAAAUUAGAGUGCUAUAUCUCUGCUGAACCAAUUUUCCUUUCUGAGUGCUAUGCAAUGCGACUGGAGUGUUGUCUGUGGACCAUGUGCUUCGAUGAUGAUGUUAUCAUGAUUGCUUCCGUCAAGGUCAUUCAAACACGGUCUCUCUGGCUCUGGUGUUUCAGUAAUGUCACAUUUUUCUAUGGCUCUGGUAUUUCUGCAAUGCCACAGUUUUCUUGCA